AUGCGGGAGAGGCGGAGGCACCGUCGAGACGCGGGCAGGGGCAAGGGCGGCGCGGCGUGCGGCGCGGUGGGCAGGACUCGCAUGAGCGACAACUUCAUUCCCGUCCUUACCUGUGCGGCAGUGGACGUCACCAGAUCUGCCCGCAGCCCGCGGCUGCGCCGUGCCCUCGUCGUCGGCACGCCGCGCGCCACGGCGCAGCCCGCGGCCGCGAUCGAGCCGUGGGGGGGCCCGACGCCCGCGGGGGACGCCGCGCUCCUCCGUCCCGUGCUCGAGCGGGCGUCGGCCGCAGCUGCCGGCACGCUGCGCGCGCUGUGCGCCGAGCUGGGCGCGCCGCGGGGGGGGCGCAGCGGCCCCAGCGGCGGCGAUCAGGCGCGCCUGGCCAAAGAGGUCAAGGAGCUCAAGCAGCAGCUGGCGGUCGAGGAGGCUAAGGUCCAGGAGCUCGAGUCCAAGCCUCCGUCCGCGCUGGCCGCUCGUCAUCGUGUCGAGAACGCCUCGCGGAAGGUCGAGAAGCUCGAGGAGCAGCUCCUGCACUUCGAGGCGCAGAAGCAGGAUAUCCUCAAGGGGAUCGCCGAGACCUCCGAGCCCCUGGCCGAGGCGAGGAAUGACUUGGAGCACCGCGCGAAGAUGCUCCACAAGGUCAACUUCAAAGAUGUGGACGACCCAGUUACUGUCGGCAUGGCGGGCCUGGACCCGACGGCGGUCGACAACGAGGAGGGGGAGCAGGCGCUCGAGACCCUCAAGCGGCUGCAGCCUGAGGCCAAGGAGGCAGCGGAGCGCAAGGCAGCUGAGGGGGGAAGGGCUCCUGGCGGCGGGGCCCCUGCUGGCGCUGCUGGUGCUGGCGCAGGAGGCGCCGAUGGCGGUGGCCAGGCCUGGGCUCCGCAGCCGCCGUCAGCAGCCGACUUCGAGGGCUCUGACUUCCAUGCUGGGCUCGGGCGGGCCAUGGAGGGAGAGAACCCAGAGGCUGCUGUCGCGGAGUUCUUGGCGGGCAGCCCGUGCGGGGGGUCGGGCAGAGGGCGCCAUAUGUUCUUCGACUGGGGCGGCUCCCUGUUCCUCAGGAUCGGCAGGCGCGAGCUCGGCAGGCGGGCUGGCCAGGUGGGCCAGCCCGAGGGCGACGCUGCAGUUCAGGAGAGCCCGAAGCAGGGUGGAAACUGUUUGGUCUUUUUCGGGCUGAACGCGAAUGCGCGGAGCAGCUUCGAGGGCAUCCACGACUGGUACGUCGACCACGGCCACGGGAUGGCGAAGCAGCUCGUGGGCGUGGAUUUUCCGUCGCCUCAGGCCCCCGAGGUUGGCCGCGCGUCUUCUGCGGCGGACCGCGGCUCGACUUCGAGCUUCCUUCGAGUCGCGGGCUGGGGCGUGUCAGCCUAUGAUUACUCUGGUCGAGGGCCACCGAGUCCGUCACAGCCCGAGCCGCCUGUGGACGCGGCUCCGUGGAGAGUUGGUGGGCACGUGCUGUGGGAGUUCCCAGUUGUCGUCGAUUCGUUGUCCAACCUCCUUUUGUUGAACUUCCUGCGGCCAGCUCGCCACAAUCUCCAAUGGAGCUCGGUGCCCGAAGUCGGUCUGCAGAGGCUGGAGCUGUUCUCUCUGCCGCAGUUGGCGGCCGCUGGCGAGGCGCCGCUAGGGCUGCGCGCGGCGGGCCCGCUGCGGCGGGGCGAGCUGCUCUGCUUCUACCCAGGCCGGAUCUUCCACGCCUCCGAGGAGAGGCUCCCGCGGAGCGACAUGCUGUUCGGGAACGGCUACGAGGGAGUCUCCAUUGAUCCAGACGGCGAGGCCCGGCCGGCACCCGCGGCCGCCCCGGAGGACCCGCUGCUGAAGAGCUGGCCUUGUGAAUGUUCGCUACGAGGACUGCGCAGGCGACCUCAGGCACGGGAACUUGGUGCACCAGAAGGUGCGCGACCAGUCCGAGUUGCCGAAGGGGGGCAGCGCCGAAGCCACCGGAGAGGCAGGCCGGCAUCCGCUGGGCAGCAAGGCGCCUGCGCUUGA